AUUUACUUAUUCCUCCUCCAUCUACUUAAUAGGUAUACCUUGACAAUGGCAUACUCGAAUCUCAGGCUGUUGUCCCGCUCAUUCCGACCUUGUGGGUUGAGGGGACGGGAGAAUUUCUUAUGCUUGCAAAACUCCUCGAGCAUAAGACCUGUCCUUCCGAGGCCAUUAUCGAAAGCCACAGUCCCAAGUUAUACUUUGCGGUCGACAUACUCAACCAACAGUUAUAAACACGGAUCGCAUAAAAGCAGAUCUUCUUUUAGCGGAAUCUUGAUUGGAUCAGUAUGCUUGGCUGGUUGUGGACUCUAUCUCUCUUCCUCACAUUAUUCACUAAUUGACAUAGUUCACAAUGAUGAACAAAAAAAAAAGAGCAAGGUUUCGAAAGCACAGCAAGUAGAAGGAGCACAGCCUUUUGUUGAAAACAAUUGGCAAGAUAGCCCAGAUUCCCAGCCCCACAACAGCUUGAAGCCGGACCCAUCGCAAGAUACAUUCGAGAUGGGGUUGUAUGCAGCCUCCAGGGCUGAACAAGAGGAACUUGAAUAUCAAUAUCGGAAAGAGCGUACCGACAGGAAGUUUACCGGAUGGUUAUUUCAUGUAGGUUUUUUCUUUCAGGAUUAUGUUUACGAACCCAUCGUUACUUUCGGGCGUUUUCUUGAAUUGUCUGUCAUAUUUGUGCCUGUUUUUGCAUUAUACCCCAUCACAUUUUUUGGCAAAACGGAUAAGUCUGGUGAAAGAUCUGGUGCAAGGUUAUGGUAUUGGUUAUUAAGAAAUGCUGCUGAGAUGGGUGGUGCAUCUUUCAUUAAGCUCGGACAAUGGGCUGCGUCACGUACUGAUAUAUUUACCAAAGGAUUGUGUACGGAGAUGAGCAAUCUGCACAGCAAUGCCAAAGAACACAGUUUCAGAGCAACACGGAGGAUAUUGCGUGAAACCUUUAACGGGAAAGAGCUGGAGGAAAUUUUCGAUGAAUUCCCGGAGAAGCCUGUUGGAUGCGGUGCAAUUGCUCAAGUGUAUUUGGCCAAAUUGAACCAGCAGUUUGUUGGUUCUGGUGACAAACACGAUACACUUGUAGCGGUGAAGGUUGUUCAUCCUAGAGUCACGAAGAACAUUUACCGAGAUUUGAAGAUCAUGUCUUUUUUCGCCAACUUGAUCGAUGUGAUACCAACUAUGGAGUGGUUAAGCUUACCAGAUGAAGUUGAACAAUUUUCAAUUUUAAUGAACCUCCAAUUGGAUUUACGAAUAGAAAGUUACAACCUUAAUAAAUUUAGAGAAAAGUUUGCCAAGGCAAAUGAUGUUUUUUUCCCGAAACCGAGAUACAGUUCCAGGAAAGUUCUAAUCGAAGACCAGGUCUAUGGUAUCAGCAUGAACAAGAUUUUGGAGCUCAAACAUGCCAAGAAUGACAAAAUGUUGAAGUUUAUAAGCGACAGAUUAAUUGACUCAUUUUUGAAGAUGAUGAUUCUAGACAACUUCACACAUGCAGAUUUACAUCCGGGGAACAUUUUUGUCAGGUUUGUUAAAUCCAAAGGUUAUCAAAACAGCUCCAGCGAGAGUAGCAAGUUUGAGAUAGACAAGCUCACAACCAAGUUGAACGGCUUGAGCGUAGACGAACUCAACCAGGAAUUGAAUAACAUGGUGACAGAGAAAUACGUCCCACAGCUUUGUUUCAUCGAUGCCGGUCUUGUCACCGAGCUCAACGACCAGAACCGGUUCAACUUUAUCUCGUUGUUCAACGCUUUGGCGCAGUUUGACGGGUAUAAGGCGGGAGAGUUGAUGAUCGAGAGAUCCAAGACGCCGGAGACCGCAGUCAACAAAGAGCUGUUCAAACUCAAGGUCGAGCGGUUGGUCAACAAGGUCAAAGAGCGCACAUUCACGCUUGGCUCUGUCUCCAUUGGAGACUUGCUUGAUAACAUGUUGGGGAUGGUGCGGUCGCACCAUGUCAGGAUGGAGGGUGACUUUGUCAGCAUUGUCGUUGCCAUCCUUAUUCUCGAGGGCAUCUGUAGACAGCUCGACCCCGAGAUAGACCUAUUUGCAAGAUCGAUUCCGAUUCUCCGCCAGAUCAGUUUCCAGGAGGGAAAGCUGAUAUUCCAGAACACCAACAAGCUGUCGAUGCUCAAGGUGUGGUUGACGUUGGAGGUCCGCCAGUUUGUCAACGCCUCUGUACACGACGUUCACAAGCUCGUCAAGUCUGACGGCCUUGCGCCGAACUACUAAUGGCUAACUACUAGCCUCCGAAACUCUCCCUGUAGCCGAUACAUGUUUUUCUUUUGUUUACCCUAAAAGAACAAUAUACGA